UUUGCCGGUAUCACGCAAGAUUUAUUUGACAAAGUUGAACGUAAUUGGACAUCUGGAGUGACAAUUGACUUCGCUAUUUGGAUUAGAUGUUUCAUGACCGACAUCUUAUCUUCAACUUUAACUGGGAGUCCAGCCGUGUGUCCAUUGUCAUGUAGCAUAUCAAAAUCUGAAUAUACACCAGAAAUGAAAAAGUCAUAUGAAUUCCUUGAAAGCCUGAAAACAUGGUUCAAUUCCCUUCCAUUCUUCGUAGCUAUACCUCGAUAUUUACGAUAUAACCUUCCUAUAUUAAGUUCAAUAAACAGAUAUUAUCUUAAUAAUGCGAAACGCUUAGAAGACGAGAUUCUAGAGAAAGUUAUAAAACGCCGUGAACAAUUAGAAAACCUUCCCGAAGGUCAAGCGGGCGGAGACGGAUUAUUGGAUAUGUUGUUGACCAUGAAUCUAAGAGAUCAUAAUGAACCUGCCGAAGAUGAUGAACCAAUGAAAGAUGGAGAAAUACGCGACAAUAUUAUGGAUAUCUCACUUACCAGUUCGGACUCGACUGGAAAUUCCUUCUGUUAUUUCAUAUAUCACAUCUUCCAUAAUCCUCAAUGUAAAGAACGUUUAUUAGAGGAAAUUGAUUCGAUUUUUGCUGAUGAUAUGACUCGUCCUGUUACAUAUAAUGACCUGGAAAAACUUGUCUAUAUGGAAGCAGCAAUUAAAGAAACCUUACGUGUGUUUCCAGUUACUCCUCUAGUUCCGCGAAGAUGUAAAGAUCAU